AUGGCAGCGCGGCCCGAUAUGCUCGGCGCACCGUUCAACCUUGCGGCCUUCGAGCACUGGCGCGCCGGCACGGAUCUAUUCACCUGCCUCUCGCCAAGUUGCGCUUUCGCCGGACUUCUCGACCCGAAUGCGCCCGGUUACCCACACGUUGAAUAUCCCUUUCCCACUUGCAAAGCCCGCUCGUGCGCGACCUGCCUCACACCAUGGCACGUAGACCAAACCUGCGCCGAAGUCAAGUCUGCUGCGCUCGCUGCGCAGAUGAGCGACCCGGAGAGACAGACGCUGAUGCUUAUACAAUCUAAGGACGGCAAGCGAUGUCCCAACUGCCAACUCGUGAUCGAGUAA